GAGAAAUGAAUGCUGAUAUAUUUGAUCUGAUUAAAACGACACAGUCACAUUGUUCGUGCAACUAGAACACAGGGUGUAGGCGUAAACACAAGGAAUACGCAGGACGAAAUCGGACAUUGCGCUCUACAGGUGAAUCAAACCCUGCUCAGAAGCAGAACAAGGUCGUUCUGCCGUCGUCCACCACCAAAACGUCACCAUGACGUGCAAGGGAGAGAUUCUUCCCAUCGUGCUUCUCAUCUCGCUUCCGGUCUUCUGUUUCAUUACAUAUGGUAUUGCAGUCAGUCUUGGCCACGUCAAUGCCAGGUUUCCAUACAUCAGCGACACCGGGACCCACCCGCCGGAGAGUUGCGUGUUUGGCUUCCUACAAGGGCUGUAUGCAUUUCUAAGUGUGAUAUGCGUGUAUAUUCGCUACUGCCACGUCAAGUUAUGGUUCCUGGAAAGCGGCAGAAAGAUUCUACACUGUACCAACGUUGUAGCCCUUAUUGUUGGGAUGAUCUCUGCCCUCGGAGUUUACCUUGUUGCCAAUUUUCAGGAAACGAAUGUUCUCCCAGUUCACCUGUUGGGAGCCUUCCUGGCUUUCGCUGGAGGCAAUGUAUACUGCUGGAUCCAAACCAUCAUGACGUUUAGGAUGCGCGAUUUGCCCGGACACAGGGACUGGUUGCGUCACUUCCGGCUUAUCCUCACCAUCAUCCAUCUCAUGUCACUGUUACUAGUGGUGAUAGAGUCGUUGAAAGCAGGCUCAGCUGAUGACACAGGAGCAACAACAACAACAGCCGCAACAUCAGCAGCAUCAUCAGCAGCAACAACAGCAGCAACAACACUAACAUCAACUAAAGCCGCAGCUGGACUACAUGCUGACAUCACACCCAAGUGGGACCCAUCAAUGCCGGGCUACUCCCACCACAUCGCCUCCACCGCCAUGGAAUGGGUCUUGGCCAUUGUCACUGCAAUAUAUUUCUGCACCUUCUUUGCUGAGUUCAAACAUUUCAAGGUGUCAUUGCUUCAAAUUCAUUAUUCUGCGACUUUCGAGGUUAACAAUAUGAUCGAGGAAAAGCAGAAUGGUGUCAUGACGGAGGUGAGGGUAUCUACUAUCCAGGCGUGAGGCACGGUUUCGUGUGAUGAGAUGUUUCCUCGUCACACGCUGAACAAAAUGCAGAACUCAUAACUGUGAACAAAUAUUGUGCGUCUGUGAUAGCAGCAUCAAGUCAAAGUUUCAGCAGCAAUUGGAGGAACUACUGAGAUUUCUCUGUUCUGCGAAAAGCGUGAAAUAAUAAGUGUUAAGGUCUUCAUAGAAACUAUGUUUAAAGCAAUAUAUUUAGUGAUUACACAACAGACUGAGCAUCUUAAGUGAAUGGCAGAUACAGGUUGAAAGUUAACGAACAGGGUUGAGGCCCUUAAGUAUGUCAGGAUCUGCUGAUUGUAUUUUGGUCUUGUUCUGUUAACACAUAUGCCAAUAAGCUGAAAGGGCCAAAGGCAAGUAUUCCAGCUAUGAACACAAGUGCUUUUUUCUGACAGCCUUUGAAUCUUAAUUUUAGAAAGCAAUUGUUUUAACGUCUAAUGUGAACUAAAUACCCAGAGCUGCGUACUGACAUUAAUAACAACAAGUGCUUUUAGCUUAAAAAACAACAACAACACACACACGCGCACGCUGUCUUGUAUGUUUCAACGUAAUAUUGGAUCACGCAUAAAUAAUUGAAGUAUUUUAUGCCAUGAUUUUGAUGGUCGAAAAAGAGGUAAUUCGUCUAUUUCAUAAUCUAUUAAAUGUUUAAAUUGACAUUAGUAGAAAUAUGUUUUUCGUCAAUACAAAGCGCAAUAUCAACCCACGUCAGUUAGUUGUGGUCGUUAACGUACGACAUAUUCAACACACCACCAAUACACACAAAGUCUCACUGAACUCGGUCCAAUCAAGCAUUGUUUAGUGUUUUUUACCUUACGAAUUGUUACAUUUUCUGACAUGAAUAAAAUAUAUAUUCUUGUUA